ACAUUUCUCAAUGCAAUGCUUUGCUAUAAAACUAUGGUCAUUGAAAUUUAAGGAUCCAUUUAGUUCCUCUGUUGUCCUGUGACAAACCCUAUUCUACAGGGUGAAUGUCUUUUGGAACUCACGGCUCCUCUCUGGCUGGGGUAGGCUUUGAAGUACACAUUCCACAAGGUUGUGUUCUGAAGGAACAACUUCAUUUUACCUGAUCUGGCAGCAAACAAUAACCUUUGGAUAGUUGAUAAGAGAUAAGGGCAAGCUUAGCACAGCCUGUCUGCUCAGUUGAGUGAGUGAGAGUGUGACUGUGGGGCAGGAAUUAUCAUCUCCUACAUCUGUCAGACAGUGUGAAGAAUGAAAUAUAGAGAGGCCGAGCUGAAGCAGGACAGUUUCCUCUGAGCUCCAAAUUGUAAACAACACGCUGCCAUGGAAACAAUGAAAAUGAGUGAGUAUUCUGAGGAGGACCUGGACCACUCUGAUCACAUGACUGGGGCGGAGCAUGUCAGGAGGAACAUUCCAAUGCGCCGGGACUCACGAUUCUACCGUUCAGUCAGGAGACGCAGGAGCAACAAGACUGGACCAGCAACAGAGCCCGCUGACAACCGAGACUGCAAAGAAGACGUGAAGAAUUCAACUUCAGAGAGAAACUCGGACAGAUCUCCCUGCUGGAGACCCCCAGUGCUUCAGAAAACCACCCUGCCCCCACUCCUUCUGGGGCCUACUUCUGCAUUCAAGCCUGGGAUUAAAUUAAAUUUGAAUGGAGAGACCACAGGCCUCAUCCCUGGGGGAGCACACACUGCACUGAUUCAGGAACUGUCUGGAAUGUUACCAGAGAACAGCUUGUCUCCAUACCACAGUGAACACAGGAGAGCCCCCUCUGACAGCACUGUCCCGAUGGAAUCCCUAUCUCAGCAGAUAUCCUGUUGUAAAAUUCAGAAGGGCUGCCCUCCACAGGGGGAACGAGGGGAGGACUUGAUCGCCAUUGACAACAUCUCGGUCAGGUUGCUGGAUGGAGAAAGCUUAGUGGGGAGGCAAGCUGAAGAUCAGGCAGUGACAGCGACUGUUGGACCUCCUGCUGAAGCCUGGAAGAAUCUAAUUGCGCAGAGAACAGAGGUGCUAUACCAGGAGUAUGGCACUCAAUCCCGGCUGCAGGAGAUCCAGCGCCGGAGGAAUUGUGAUGCUGAGCAGGAGGGUGAGCCCGCUAUGAGGGGCCCUGGCAUGCCGCUUCAGCUCUGCAGGGACUCCCCCUCCAGCACCAUGAAGCUGUGGCAGAACCUGGAGGCUGUGAGGAGCAGUGGAGUGCUGAGUGUGCUGAGCACAGAGAAGCGCCAUCAUCAGGAGGCCAUGUUCGAGCUGGUCACCUCUGAAACCUCGUACUACAAGAGUCUGGAGCUGCUGGUGACACACUUCCAGGAGAACCGCCAGCUCACACAGACCCUGAGCCAAUCAGACGCCCACUUCAUCUUCUCCAACAUCCGAGACAUCAAGGACGUCAGUGAGAGGUUCCUGUUGGAUCUGGAGCGCAGGGUGGAAGAGAAUGUCAUCAUCUCGGACGUGUGCGACAUUGUUUCCUUGCACGCCAGUCAGCACUUCCACGAGUUUGUGACCUACGUGUCAAACCAGACAUACCAGCAGCGCGCCUACCACAGGAUACUAAAGGAAAAUGAGAGAUUCCGAGCAGUGAUGUCUGGUCUGGAGCAGGCCCCGCAGUGCAAGGGCCUCCCGUUCACCUCCUUCCUCAUUCUACCCUUCCAGAGGAUCACUCGACUCAAACUUUUGGUCCAGAACAUCCUGAAGAAAGCGGAGGAGGGGUCAGAGGAAGAGGCCAGCGCUGUGAUGGCACACAAAUACCUGGAAAAGGUGGUCAGGGACUGCAAUGAGGGGGUGAGGAAGAUGAGCCGCACCGAGGAGCUGAUCAGUAUCGAGAAGACUCUGGAGUUCAAAUGCAAGUCUGUGCCGGUGAUCUCGCACUCGCGUUGGCUGCUGAAGAGAGGGGAGCUACAGCUGAUGUCUGGACCCAAGAGCACCCGGACCUUCCGCAGCAGAAAGCUCUUCCAGCCCCUCUACCUUUUCCUGUUCAACAACCUGCUGCUGGUCACGCGCAGGAGCUCCAGUGGAGAGAAGUUCUGCGUGCUGGACUCGGCUCUGCGCUCCAUGCUGAGGACUGAGGAGCAGCAGGACCAGGGCAGGGCUCUCUCCAACAUCUUCUCCCUGUGCCUGCUGGAGAACCAGGAGGAGCGCACUGUCAACUACAUGCUGAAGGCCUGCAGCCCGAGUGACAAGAAGCGUUGGAUUAGUGCUCUCACUCCCAAUCCGAGAACCAAAUUCCUCUCUGCAAAUACACAUCAGUCCGUCUCUCCACAGGUGCAGUGUGUUCACAACUAUGUUUCUCAGGAGCCUGAUGAGCUGUCUCUGGACCUGGCCGAUGUUCUCAAUGUUGUGGAGCAGACCGAGGAUGGCUGGAUGCUUGGGGAGAGGCUGCAUGAUCGGGAGAAGGGCUGGUUCCCCUGCAAGGUGGUGGAAGAGAUCCAUAACCAGGAGCUGAAGGCUCAGAACCUGCGGGAGUGCCACCGCAUCUACAGGGCCCAGGAGAGCUGGACACGCAGCAACCACAGACUGGGAUCCACAGCACACCACAGCAGGGUGGCACCCAGCUGAACUCUCACACAGGGAGAGACAGAAACACCGACACUAUGUAACAGGGAUAAGACAUUCAGGUGAAGCUAUCCUGUUGACAGGGUUACCGCAGUGAGAAGCUGUGACCAAACAGAAGCACAUGUGAUGAUACAGCGUGCAAGAGCUCAACACAACAGCAUGUAAACAGCAGAAAACUACUACUCCAGCAACUGAACUGCAGUGCCUCUUUCCUGCCCUCAGAGCUCCUCUGAGAACAGAGAGCACUUUGAAUUCCAAGGAGGCUAGACCAGUAUCUAUUAAUGAAAUGUAAAUUGUCUUCUGUCAUUUAAUUAUUGAUAAACUAUUGAACCAUUAGAUUGAAACUUGCAUCUAAUCAGGGUCACAUGUUCAGUAGUUGAGCAGUCAAAAGUGCCCUUUGACUGCACAAUAAACAAAAUAGUGGAGAGCCACAGCAUCACAGAUUUCUCUGAAUGAAUAAUUUCUAAUAAAUAAGAGUUAAAUAACA